AUGUAUCCCUCCAACUCAAACCAGUCCCAUACGCCGAUGACAGCUGCCAUCCAGCGCGCGGAAUCUCCCCGCGAUGCCGAUCCCGAGUCAAAGCUCACCAAAGGCGUCGGCAAGGGCACUGAGGUCACGGAAAAGGACUCUAUGGAUCGCAACGACUCGAUCGAUGGCGGGUCCAUGAAACACACCUAUGAUCACACCCGCCGCAAGCUCAAGCCUCGCCAUGUGCAAUUGAUCGGGAUCGGUGGCACAAUUGGUACGGCGUUGUACGUCCAAGUCGGGAACAACCUGCGCACCAGCGGUCCCGCAAGCUUGUUUCUGGGAUUUAGUAUUUGGAGUGCUAUCAUCUUGAUCAUCACCGUUUGUCUGGCAGAGAUGGUCACUUACUUGCCAAUCUCGUCACCAUUCAUCCGAUUCGCCGGCCGCUAUGUCGACGAGGCCCUGGGUGUUGCUGCGGGAUACAAUUUCUUUAUCUUCGAGGCAGCGCUGGUGCCGUUUGAGGUUGUAGCCGUGUCACUCAUCAUCCAAUACUGGACAAGUGCAAUCCCCAUUGCCGCAAUGAAUAUCAUUGUACUGGUACUCUACGUAUUACUCAAUGUCUUCGCCGUAAAAUGGUACGGCGAAGCAGAGUUCUGGCUAUCUCUAGGCAAAGUCCUGCUAAGCACAGGCCUGAUCAUCUACACGUUCAUCGUCAUGCUGGGCGGCAACCCACUCGGCGACCGGUUUGGGUUCCGGUACUGGAACGAGCCGGGCGCCUUCAAUACAUACUACAGGGAUGGUGACCUCGGUCGCUUUCUUGGGUUUUUAUCCGCCCUCAUCGCGGCCAGUUUUACCAUCGCCGGCCCCGACUAUGUCUCCAUGGCUGCCGGUGAGACCAUCAACCCACGCUUCGUGCUGCCCAAGGCCUAUAAUGGCGUCUUCUACCGUCUCACGGCGUUCUUUGUGCUGGGCGUUCUCUGUGUUGGUAUCCUCGUCCCGUACAAUGACCAUACCAUGGCCGCGGCCUUUGAUGGUGGCAAGCCUGGUGCUGCAGCUUCGCCCUAUGUCAUUUCCAUGGACCGUCUGCACAUCCCGAUUCUGCCGCAUAUUGUCAACGCCGUGGUUCUCAGUGCGUGUUUCAGUGCCGGGAACAGCUAUGUCUACUGCGCCAGUCGCAGUUUGUACGGUCUGGCCCUGGAGGGCAAGGCACCUCGAAUUCUCACCAAAUGCACCAAACGAGGCGUGCCGAUCUACUGCGUCGGAAUCGUGCUCUUGAUCGCUCUGUUAAGCUUCCUGCAGGUAUCCAAUGGCGCCUCGGUGGUCCUCAAUUGGUUUGUGAAUUUGGUCACCGCGUCUCAACUAAUCAACUUCUCCGUCGUCACCUUCACCUACAUCCGAUUCAAAAAGGCUCUGGACGCCCAAGGGAUCUCGCGCGAGAACUUGCCGUACAGAAGCUGGUUCCAGCCCUACAUUGCUUACGUCGCAUGCAUUUCCACCACCAUCAUGGCCUUUGUGGGCGGAUAUACGGUAUUUCUGCCGGGGCAUUGGUCCAUUCCUACUUUCCUCUUCUCGUAUACGAUGAUCGGCGUCUUUCCGGUGCUGUACAUUGGCUGGAAAAUCACCCAUAAAACCAAGUUCCUCGAGCCAUUGGAGGUGGAUCUCACUUCUGGCCUGGCCGCUAUCGAGGAGUAUACUCGAGAUUUCGUGCCUGCGCCACCAAGGUUGGUAUUUAACUCGGAUAUUUAUAUU